UUUAAUAUUAGACUUUUGAGGUCUUUAGUUUCUGUGAAAACGCCAGCAAUGUAUUUAUUUGAUAACAGUUGAAAUGGUACUAUCUAGAACAAUGAAUACGUUUUCUGACAACUUUCGUAUGAUUUCUUAAUGAUUAGAAAUACUUUUGCUCGAAAAAACUCCAAGAGUUUUCUUUGAAGGACGUAUUGAUUUAAUAAACAACUGAACUGCUCAACUGAAGACGGAGAUUUGAGGCACGAUAAAUUCAAGGGUGAAAUCAUGCCUUUGUUGUAUUCUUUGGUGUCUCGUGGUACAACCAUACUAGCAAAAUAUGCUUCUUGUGCAGGAAACUUUGAUGAAGUAUCCAAACAGAUUCUCGGGCGUAUCCCACCAGAAAAUGCAAAGUUGACAUAUACUCAAUCAAGCUAUCUGUUUCACUAUAUUUGUGAAGAUCGAAUUAUAUAUUUGUGCAUCACUGAUGAUAACUUUGAAAGGUCCAAAGCAUUCCUAUUUCUGACUGAAAUUAAGAAAAGAUUCCAACGAACAUAUCAAACUCGUAUUGAUACUGCUCUACCUUAUGCCAUGAACAGUGAGUUUUCACGAGUACUUUCUUCAGAAAUGAAACGAUACUCUGAUUCUGACCAAAGCAAUGACAACAUCUCUAGAGUGCAAGUUGAGUUAGAUGAACUGAAAGACAUUAUGGUUAAAAACAUAGACACAAUAUCUCAACGAGGUGAACGUCUUGAACUUCUCAUUGAUCGCUCUAGAGAUCUCAAUAAUUCUUCAAUGACAUUCAAGAAAUCUAGCAAAACAUUAGCACGUGUUAUGUGGUGGAAAAAUGUCAAAAUGUUGAUAAUUAUUGCUGUUGUAGUAAUUCUUAUACUUUACUUUCUCAUUUCUGCUGGUUGUGGUGGACUUGAUUGGAAGAAAUGUACUUAAUGUAUGACCUCAGACAAUACUAACACUUCUCCAUAUUUUCCUUUCAUAUAUGUAACGUCUGUAUAUAAAAAAUAUAGCAUACAUAGUUUUUGGACAGUUUCAUUUACUGUGGAUCUCUUGUCAUAUUAAUAACAGUAGCAUGAACAAAAAAAGUUAUAAUUAUUACACACAGGUAAAAUGUUUAUUGACUUGUAUCACAUCUUGUGAAGUACGUAGCACUUUAAUAUGGUAAAGUUCCACCAUUUGCAAUAAAUAUUUUUGAAAUUCAUUUUAGUGAAUUUCAUACGA